AAUUGUUUUUAACAAAAAUAUUGUAUAUUUAGAAGGCAAAAUUGGGCUAAACGUGAGCGAAGGCAGAUGCUAAACCCGCGAAAAACCCAUGCGUCCCUCAGAUACGGGCCGUAUCUUUUCAAGCAUAACCAGUCACCCUCUGCUCCUCCUCCUCACCCCAUCAAGCUCUUAAAACUAUCAGCUGAUACUAAAAACCUCAAAUUUGGUAAACUAAUUCAUGCCUAUUUAAUCAUUACGAAUCGAACUACCAAAAACAACGCACUUGAGACGAAUUCCUUGAUCAAUUUUUAUGCAAAAUGCAAUGAACUUUUUACUGCUCGCAAACUGUUCGAUGGUAUGCGUCAAAGAAAUUUAGUGUCCUGGAGUGCUUUGAUGACUGGGUAUUUGCAUAAUGGGUUUUCAUUUGAAGUUAUUAGGUUGUUGAAAGAUAUGGUUUCUGGUGAUGCUGUAAGCCCAAAUGAGUACAUUUUUGCUAUUGCUCUGGCUUCUUGUUCUCACAGCAGAAGAGUCGAAGAAGGUCAACAAUGUCAUUGCUAUAUAUUGAAGUCUGGUUUGGUGUUUCAUCAAUAUGUAAGGAAUGCUCUUUUACAUAUGUAUUCAAAGUGUUUCAGUUUCCAAGAGGUUAUGUGGAUCUGGAAUCUAGUGCCUGGAAAUGAUGUUUUUGCUUAUAAUUCGGUUUUGAGUGGAGUUCUGGAAAAUGGUUAUCUCAAGGAAGGUUUUGAGGUUUUGAGGAGGAUGGUCAGUGAUCGUGUGAAGUGGGACACUGUCACUUAUGUUAAUGUUUUUGGGCUUUGUGCCUGUCUGAAAGAUUUAAGGUUGGGUUUGCAAGUGCAUGGUAAGAUGUUGAUGAGUGAUGUUGAAUGUGAUGCAUAUGUUAGCAGUGCAAUGAUUAAUAUGUAUGGGAAAUGCAGGGAAGCUUUAAAUGCUAGAAGAGUUUUUGAUGGGUUGCGAAGUCAAAAUGUGGUGUUGUGGACAGCGAUUAUUGCUGCUUAUUUCCAAAAUGGGUGCUUUGAGGAAGCAUUGAAUUUUUUUUCAAAAAUGAAACUUGAUGGCGCAAGACCAAACGAGUUUACCUUUGCUGUCACACUGAAUGCCACUGCGGGUUUGUCUGCUAUAAGACUUGGGCAUUUGUUACAUGCAUGCACUGAGAAAUCAGGUUUUAAGGAUUAUGUUACUGUUGGAAAUGCUUUGAUCAAUAUGUAUGCAAAGAGUGGCAACAUACAAGCAGCAAACAAGGUAUUUUCGGACAUGACACUUCGAGACACUAUUACUUGGAAUGCAAUGAUAUGCGGCUACUCACAUCACGGGCUAGGUAAGGAAGCUCUUAAUGUUUUUCAAGAAAUGUUAGUUGCAGAAGAGUAUCCUAACUAUGUGACUUUCAUAGGGGUUCUCUCUGCUUGCUGUCAUCUAGGUUUGGUGCAGGAAGGUUUCUGCUAUCUGAACCAAAUGAAAGAGAGUAAUAUUGUGCCUGGUUUGGAGCAUUAUACUUGUAUUGUUGGCCUUCUGAGCAAGGCUGGAAGACUUGAUGAUGCUCAGAACUUUAUGAGGUCUAUGCCUGUAAAGUGGGAUGUUGUUGCCUGGCGUACUUUAAUAAAUGCUUGUCAUAUACAUCGAAACUAUGGUUUAGGAAAGCGAAUUGCAGAAUGGGUCUUAGAGAUGGAUCCGAAUGAUGUGGGCACCUAUAUGCUACUAUCUAAUAUGUACGCCAAGGCAAAGAGGUGGGAUGGAGUAGUCAAAAUUAGGAAGCUAAUGAGGGACAAAAACUUGAAGAAAGAACCUGGGGUGAGCUGGAUAGAGAUAAGAAAUGUCGCUCAUGUUUUUGUUUCAGAAGACACUAAACAUCCAGAGCACAAUGAGAUUUAUGAAAAGGUAAAGGAACUAUUGACUAUGAUUAAGCCACUGGGUUAUGUUCCGGAUACUGGUGCAGUGCUGCAUGAUGUAGAGGAUGAGCAGAAGGAUCAUUAUCUUAGUUAUCACAGUGAGAAGUUGGCCAUAGCAUAUGGUCUUAUGAAAACACCUUCAAAAGCACCAAUUAUUGUAAUAAAGAACCUUAGAAUGUGUGACGAUUGCCACUUGGCUGUGAAACUUAUUUCAAAGGUUGCAAAUAGGAUGAUAAUUGUUAGGGAUACCAAUCGUUUCCAUCAUUUUCAAGAAGGGUAUUGUUCUUGUGCAGAUUACUGGUGACAUGUAAUGUACUUCUUAGUUGUACAUAUAAAGAGAAAAUUGCAUGCUAAAAAACUCGGACUGCUGAGACCACGUUAGCCAUGGCAACUUCAGGAUAUUGAGAUUGUUGGAGGCCCCCAAAAGUAUGAUAUUUAUGUAAGUUGUUCUAUUGAAGCAUUGCACGGAGGAACAUUUUUUUCUAAA